CGCCAGUGUCUUCAUCAUCUGCGUUUAUUUCUCGUGGGAGUUCUGCGUCCUCUGCCGUGCUGUGAAUUGUUUGAUGGCGCACUGUGAUCACACACAUGUGUUCUUACUGUUGUUCGACCUGCUCUGGAUGUUUGUGUUGUAGCGGCGCUGGACGGACGACGUCGGUGCCGUUGUUGCUAACGUUCGCUGUAGUCAGCAGCUAACAUGGCUGAGGACGGCAGUGCGUGGGUCGUGGAGAGCAUCGUCGGAUACCUGGGAAGUCCCGAGUGGGUCGUUCCCGUCACAUCCUUCAUGGAAAACAAAUGCACAGUGUUUGAUGAUGAAGAUGAAAAUAAGCUGUCAUAUACAGAAAUCCACCAGCAGUAUAAAAAAUUGGUAGAAACACUCUUGGAGCAUUACAUGCAAGAGGUUGGCAUCAAUGAGCAGCAGUUUUUGAAUGCAUGCACCUCUCCUUUUGCCAAGUCUAAAACGGUGCAGAUGGUGUUCCAGCCAGUUCUAGCUACAGAUGACUUCCAAAUGUUUCGCACUCUGAUGGUUCAGAAGAAUAUGGAGCUCCAGCUUCAAGCCCUGAGGGUCAUCAAGGAGACGAAUGGAGAGCUUCCAGAUUGUCUGACUGAUGGCAUGGACGUGGUGACGGAGCUGCAGCAGCAGGAGAUGAGGAUUCUGCAGGAAGUUCUCAAAAAGUCAAAAGAAGAGUACGAUGAGGAAAUGUCUCGGAGAGUAUUGUUCGAAGAAGAGGUCGGUUCCACGUCAAGCAGUUGCUCUGACAGGACAAUAGCAGAAAGUGACAGUGCCCCAAAAUCCACCUUUGCUGGCAGCCAACAAAACUCCACCACCAAAGGUCUAGCCGAGGGGAACGGCGGCUGUAACAGCAGUCCUGGUCAUCAGGCCCCACUGAUGAAUGGAAACACUGCAAGUGAAUCUGACCUGUUUGUGGCUCGCCCCCUGCAGGCUAACAUCAGGUCUAUCAGAAAAGCGAACAAGACGUCCGCACCUGAAUGUGACGAUGAGAAAAGUGCAUCUAAGAGCCGCUCCCUGUCAAAACUUAAUGCAGGUGCUCAUACAGCCAGAGUUCUUCCAGCAGCAGCAGACUGCAGUCAGGCUGCAGCUGAGGAGUGUCCAGAGGAGGCGCACACAGAGUCGUACACUGAGUUUUCAGCCUCAGAGCAGGAGCUGCUCCUGCAGAGGGCGACGUAUCUGCGUCAGCAGCGGGACAAACUGCACACGGUGAAGAAAGAGCAGCAGAACAGCAGGCAGAUGACCACAGCAGAGGAGGCAUCAGGCGGUCCUCCACCAGCACCCACCCCCCUGGAGACAGCGCAGCCUCAAACUAAUGGGGCGUGCACUCCUCCUCCACCUCUGCCUCCUCCUCCAGUACAUUCUUCAGCCUUCUCCAACCAGGAGAUCUCAGCUGAGGAGAGAAAGAAGCUGCAGAAGAGAAAACAUCUGGCUGAGAAGCUGAAAGAAGAAGUCAUCAAGAAAUAACUUCCCAUCUUAACGCAGUAUUCCAUUUUUUCUGUCGCUUUACC